AUGGGUAUCAUAUUAGCAUCAAGAUACGGGCAUAUAAGAGUAGUCAAACUAUUACUAGAAGAGGAGUCAAGACGUGAUUUUCUUCUUAAUGUCGGAUCUCCAUCUUAUUGGUUCCGGACACCGUUAACGGAGGCGGCAGCAAGGGGUCAUAAGGAGGUUGUCUCGCUGCUUCUCGAAUUCGGUGCUGAUUUGAACCUGACCAAUUACGCAGGACGAUCAGCGCUCCAUGGGGCGACGCAUGGCGGACAUAAGCUAACGGUUGAAGAAUUACUCGACCAGGGAGCUAAUAUAGAUAUCCAAGACAUGCAUGGAAAGACCCCUCUAGGAGAAGCAAUCGCUAAAGGAUACGAGUCAAUUGCACAAUUACUUUUGGAUUGCGGUGCUGAUCCUAACGCUCACUGUAGCAAUCAAAUGGAAUAUCCAUUGCAUAUAGCUGCUAAAGGGAGCACAGAGGAGAUGAUUAAGGCACUCUUGGCCAAAGGGGCACUUCGAGAUAAACGUAAUAUAUGGGAGGAGACGCCCAUUCAUUCAGCUGCAAGACAGGGAGAUGCGUCUAGGAUGAAGCUGUUUCUUGAAAAUAACCCUACAUGGAAUAUUGAAGAGGAUGUCAACUUUACAGUCUUACACAAGGCUGCAGAGUAUGUUAGAACGAAAGAUCAUAGAGGAAGAACACCUUUACAUACCGUAGCCUCUCUAGGAUAUCUAGCAGUGGCGCAGCUUCUCAUGGAGAACGACGCCAAUAUCACAGCGAGAGAUUACCGCGGGAAGACAGCCUUACACGAAGCUACCUCAUCUGGUAAAGAUAAAAUGGUGCGGUACCUUGUGGAAAAGGGGGCCGAUGUAACAGCACAGGAUCAAAACAGAGAAACUCCUCUACACCUAAUAUGUGGCCAAGGUAACAUAGGAAUUGUUGAGUUAUUAUUAGCAAAUGGAGCUAGUAUCGACUCGAGGGAUGAUCAAGGUCGAACUGCGCUACUUAGAGCAGCAGAGAAUUAUCAUCAUGCUGUGGUACGUCUACUGGUAAAGAAAGGGGCGAACGCUGCAAUAGCCGACAAGCGCGGGAAGACAGCGUUAAACUAUAUGGCUUCCAAAAGAGACCGGGUCACCGUGGAGUUUCUGAUAGAAAAUGGCGCCGACGUUAAUGCAAGAGACAAUCUUGGAAGGACUGCAUUACUGGAAGCUCUAGGGAUUGAAUCCGCUGCGUGGAAACAUACUACAUGGGGACACCCUACGCCAUGCGAAGAAACUAAGAAGGGAGUUGAAGCUUUAGUCCAACUACUCAUUGAAAAAGACGCCGACGCCUCUGCAAAAGAUAAGCAUGGAACAGCUGUAUUGCACAUGGCGGCGCAGCAUGGACUUGAUGAUGCUAACUCCGUGGAUAACGAAGGAAGAACGGCCCUCCACGAGGUAAUCAAGGGACAUCAAGGAAUACUGAUUAAAUCUGCACAAGUGUUAUUAGAGAAUGGCGCUGAUCCUAAUAUUCAGGAUAACACAGGAAAAACGCCUCUUCACGAAGCCGCAAGUGUGCCUUCUCGCAGACAGAGGGAGUACGAAACACUCAUUGACGUAUUUUUGAGACACGGGAGCGACCUAGAUAUUCAAGAUAAAAAUGGUGGAACACCAUUACACAUCGCCUCGAUGAAACAAGACACGGAAUUGGUACAGGUUCUUUUGAAGAAGGGGUCAGAUCCAAACAUCCGAGAUAGAGAUGGUAGAACACUACUACACAUGGUCUCCGCGGAAAGGGGUAUCGAAUUAGCGAGAGCUGCUUUAGAAAAAGGGGGAAAUCCGAAUAUUCAAGAUAACAACGGUAGGACGCCGCUACAUAUCGCUCUCACGAAAUCCAACAGGAGAUUGGCUAGGAUUCUCUUGGAGAAUGGGGCUAACCCUAACAUUGUAGAUAAGGAGGAGUCAAGCUUGUAG